ACAACUCGUGACCGCUCACUGCCGUCUUCCAGAGUCCAGGCAUGACUAAUCGUGCGCCUGGCGGGCUUCAAAAAGGAUGCGGCCGGCGAUCGAUUGCUUCUGCCUGCAGCCUGGAGAGAGGGUUAUAUGACAGGCGGCGGCGGGCAGUACUAGGUUCAGGAGACUGACAGUGCGGAGACCUGGAAGGAAGCGGCUCCUCCGCCGGGACACAGCACAGCACGCUUCUCCGUUACCUGGCACUAUGCGGAGGCCGACAUGUCUGUCGGAGUAGGGUUGUCGAGCCUCGCUGUUGUCUUCUUGCUAUGGUUACCUGCCGCCUCCAGCGCUCCAGCCUGCUCCAGCCAUGGGUGCACCCCGGGGCCACCUGUGGUGCUCGUCCCGGGUGACUUGGGAAACCAGCUGGAAGCCAAACUGGAUAAACCAUCAGUUGUACAUUACAUGUGCUCUAAGAAGACCGAUUACUACUUCACUCUGUGGCUGAACCUGGAGCUUCUGCUGCCCCUGGUCAUUGACUGCUGGAUAGACAAUAUAAGGUUGGUUUUCAACACGACCACCAGAAGAACUGCUUCUCCUGAAGGAGUUGACGUAAGGGUCCCAGGCUUUGGCCAGACGUACUCGUUGGAGUUUCUGGAUCCUAGCAAAAGGAGUGUAGGUACGUAUUUCUACGCUCUUGUUCAGAGCAUGGUGGACUGGGGGUACACGCGUGAUGGAAACGUGAAAGGAGCACCUUAUGAUUGGCGCAAAGCUCCUAAUGAGAACUCAGAAUAUUUUGAAGCUUUACAGAAGCUGAUAGAGACUAUGUAUGAAGAAUAUAAGAGCCCAGUGGUGCUCAUUGCUCACAGUAUGGGCAACCUGUACACCCUUUAUUUCCUCAAUCACCAGACGCAGCGCUGGAAGGACCGGUAUAUUCACUCCUUUGUGGCUCUUGGUGCUCCUUGGGGAGGAGUGGCAAAAACUCUGCGAGUUCUUGCUUCAGGAGACAAUAAUCGAAUUCCAGUAAUCAGCUCCCUGCGGAUUCGUGACCAGCAACGCUCAGCUGUCUCCACCAGUUGGCUACUUCCAUAUGAGAACACAUGGCCAUCCGAUAAAGUCUUUGUACAGACCCCAACUGUGAACUACACCCUGAAGGACUAUGAGAAGUUUUACAGAGACAUUGGUUUUCAGGAAGGUUGGGUGAUGAGGAAAGAAACUGAAAGUCUUGUGUCUUCCCUUACCCCUCCUGGGGUUGCAGUACAUUGCCUUUAUGGAACGGAGGUUGACACCUCUGAAUCAUUUCACUAUGAUUCUUUCCCAGACAAGGAGCCAUCCAUCACUAAUGGACCCGGAGAUGGAACGGUGAACAUAGAAAGUGCCUUACAAUGCCGUAAGUGGUUAGGUCUCCAGAAACAGCCAGUGUCUCUGGUAGAGCUGCCCGGUAAUGAACACAUUGCCAUGUUGUCAAAUGUUACCACUCUAGCCUACAUCAAGAAGGUCCUUCUAGGUGUAUAGCUUUCAUCUCUAAGGUGUGUUGUCAGCUGCCUUCUGUGCACUGUGGUUUUUGACAUUUACCAUAUGGUUUGUCGCACAAGAACAGAUAAUCGCUGCUAGACGUGGGAAAUGAAGUGAUAGGAUGUAUAUACAGUACUGUAGUAUAUUUAUAGCGACCGCACAUUUCUGGAAGACCGUUCCCAGAAUAAUACAAUUCGCUACACGUUGUGGAUUGUAGUAAUGUUUAAAGGCUAUGGACAUCUUCGGGGCAAUUUUUUUAUUUUUAUUGCUAAAUCUUACUCAUUUUGUGCAAAUAAAAAAUUUCAACUGGUCUUUUAAAAAUGUUUAGCCAUUUUUGAGAUACAGGGGUUAAAAAUCUGUUUGUAGAUUAUGACUUCUCAGUCCCAUCAGCUCUGAUCUCUUGACAUUAUAAACACUCAUUUAAAGGUGCAUUUACACGCGCCAGGGAGAAAGUGUUCAUUCCCGACAGUCGGCUGCUCGUUAAGUGGUGAACUGAAUUUACCUGCAGCAAUCGCCUCCACAGUAUGAGAACGAGCUACGUCUACUGUGAUCGCUCAUCCUCAUCCUCUGUUUCUGGGCGGCAGGUCUCUGUUUAGACGGCACGAUCUGCUGAUCAGAAAUGGAGAUGAGCGAAUUUCUGAUUUUGAAAUUCGUUCACACUUCGUUUGGUGGUAAAAAAGUGAAUUACGUUAUGGAUUCUGUCACCACUGACCAGAACGCAAUUCUAUGACGGAAUGCCUUUAGAGGCAUUCCGUUAUAAUAGAAGUCUCUGGGCUGCAAAAAGGAUCCAUCCUAUUUCCGUUAUGCAGGGGAGUGUAAACUAAUUUCAUAAGCAGAAAUUCGCUCAUUUCUACCCAGAAACGAUAAUUUAGGUGAGUGUUUUGCCUGUUCAUCGGUCAAUUGGCUGCACCUUUACACAUUAACUCAUAUUCUUAUCAGUUUGAGGUCAGGAGACUAGAGAUAAGGCUGCACAUAAGCCGUCAGUUGACGGGACUGAGGAGGGAUACUUUUUUUAAAUAAAGACCGAUUGAAGAAAUGAUUUUAGCCCAAAAUGAGUAAAAUACAAUCAUUUAAUAAAUUUGCCCCGAAGGUGUCCAUAACCAUUAAACAAAACCACACAUUUCUACUGUUGUAUUAAUGAAAAAAACAUUUUGUAAAUUGUUUGACAUUGUACACAGUGACAUUUUGAAUAUAAAUCUGAAAAUGCUUAAAUCCGCAUUAAAUUGUUUUUUCAAAUCCCUGAUUUACAGUAGUUGGAUUGUGAUCACACUGCACAGAUGGUUUACAGCACAGGCGUGAAAGCAUUUCAUGUCAUACAGGAGCAAAUGAAGCAAGUUUACAGAAAUGGCAUUCAGAAAUGUUGGAUCUUUGACA